AUGGUGUCCAGCACGGCGUGUGCUGCCGUGUGGAGCGUCCCGACAGCACACACAUGUGGGCACCGCUGUAGAGCAGUUCUCAGCUGUGAAACGGAUGAUCCAGAGUGUGAUGAGAAUAAUUUUUGUGCCCCUGAAACGAGUUGCAACAGCUCUGUUUACUUCACGCCCGCGGGUAACCACCUGUGCAUCUGUGCACUGGUCUUCGCCGUCCCCCCGUGUCCAAAACGUGGCGUACUACGCCGCAGGCUCGCGUAUAUAAGACGGAGGCGUGGGGCCGGAGAAGCGUCACUUGCCAGCGCGACAUGGCGAAACUACUGGCCGUGUAUCUGCUGCUGCUGGUUGCUGCCCUGCUCUGCGAACAGGCCCUCGCCUGCACGCCGGGCACCCGGAAAUACGACGGCUGCAACUGGUGCAGGUGUUCCAGCGGCGGGGCCUGGACGUGCACGCUUCGCUACUGUCCUCCAUCCAGGGGUAGCGGUGGGGGUACUAUACUGGUGUGACCUCUAUGUGAUGCCCAGGUCAGCUGCCCAUGGAGCCUUACUGAGCAGUGAUCUACUCCUUCAAUAGUGUUAAAAUUUUAAUGUAUACCUAACAAAUGGCUACAAACAAAAUUUGAUAUACUCA